UUUCGAUUCCACCGUUCACUUCCGGGUUGUCGAACUGGGCGUCGUGUCACCAAACAGCUUUUCUUGAUUUCUUCAUUCCAUCCAACAUUUCUCUUUUCUUCUGUACAUCCACGUUAUUUUUCAAAACAAACUGAUGUGAACUGCCCGUGUUGGAGAGAACUCGCUGCUGCCUAGCUGCUGUGGUGUACAAGAGAAGAUCUGUCCACCAUGGCGCUGAUCGAGGGAGUGGAUGACGAGAUCACGCUGAUCGUGGCGGUUCUCGUCAUCGCCGUAACGCUCACUGCCGCCUGGUUCUCUACGUACGUCGCCGAGCGGCCCAUCCCCACCGACAGGGUCGGCCAUCUCCAGACCCUACACGAGAGAAUACAAGGCGUCGUCGGGGAAACGGCUACCAUGGCAACAGAAGGCAGGACUAGCGAUGUGCAAAAUGUGCCCCUGAGAGCGGAGAAUGUAGCUGGGCAUGUGGAGCCACCUGAAGCACCUGCACAGGGGAGUAUGGAGAACAUACAAGCAGACGAGCAGUCUGGGAACUCUACAUCUGACGCUUCCCAUGAUGCAGUGGAAGGAAACUCACAGGAGGGUAAUGACAAAUCCCAUGAUGCCUUGGAAGGGUCCUCUGAUCCAGUGCAAUCCAGUAGUCCCACAGAUCAUUCCCAGAAUUCCGAGCCCCCAGAUGAAACAGAGGCCCCCACAGAAGAUGCAAAGACUUGUGAGAACUCGAAUUUGCCUACAAACACUACUUCAGACAAAACGGGUGAUUCUAAGUCUGCGACUGGUCGCAAUGCCUGCACCCGCACCAACAGUGAAACGGGGUCAUCCGUGGGUCAUGACCCUCUGCUGGGGGCAGGAGUGAGAGGUCAGGAGCAGAUUGAGCCAGGGGAGGGGGAAAUCGCCAUCCGACUAAAGUUCCUCAACGACCAGGAACGAGUUGUGUACGCCAAACCAGAGGAGACAAUAUCAGAGUUCAGACGGCGUUUCUUUCACGAGGAGGUGCAGGCCGACCAUCUCGUCCGCUUCAUCUACCACGGGCAGGUCCUAGUUGAGAACCACACGCUGUCGUCCUACGGACUCAACAACAACUGUGUGGUUCACUGCCAGGUAACGCACGAGAGCUCGCCUUCACAGAGCACCGUGGAACUCCUGCCCGAGACGGAAGCCCUGGACAUCGGGAACUUUGUCACGCCGCUGUUCGGACUAAUCGUAUCACUGGUAUGGUACGUCAAGCUUCAGUACCCACAUCUGUUCAAUCAGACGACCAGCAUAGCCCUGGCGGCGGUGACCUUACUGUUCCUCCUGGGGGUCAUAGCCUUGUACCGUACUGACAGGGAUGAAGUUCAAGGGUCAAGAGGUCAUGGAGGUGAAAGGUUACAGCCUGUCAAUGGCCAGGAGUAACAAGAAAACCUGAAGUCUUUUUGAGGUGAAGAUUCUUGCAAUUUUUAUCCACAAGUAGAAAUUGUAUUGUCAGUUGUAAACUUCUCAACAUGGAAUCCUACAGCUAGUGAUGUAAAGAGACAGUUUCAAGUUAUUGCAUCACACAUUUUUGUUCAAUUGUCAAAGAAGAGGAAGAGAAUAUGGAUGUUAUUUAUUUCUGGAUGAACUAAAU